AUGCCUCGACGUAAAAAUAUCCCCAGACCCGAAACUCCACCUCCUAACCACAAACCACCCAAAGGAAUCCAUCACUCCUGGGUUCCGGGAAUCACAGCCCAAAUCAUCUCCCAGAGCGGCGAAGCCUUUCCCAACCAUGACGUUCGAGAAAACGAGCCUAUCAUCGCAGGUGAUGAGAAUGCUGAAUACUAUAGACUUCAUACUAUCACAAAGUACAUUGCAGUGACUAAUAAUGCAUCAUUCUCCAUUCAUCUCAAGGUCGAUAGACCCUAUCCGAGAAAAAUGGAUUGCUCUCGUUUACAAUUUGAGAUUUUGGUGGAUGGAGAAUUCGUUUGGAAUGAGUGGUGUUCGAGACCUGAUUAUCAGAGACAUGGGAAGGGGGUUUGGGAGGCUGUUGUUGAUGGGAUGAAAGUGGGAAAGGGACGGAGUUGUGAGGUUAGUGGUUUUAGAUUUAGUGCUAUUAAGACUAACGACGAUGAGAGGCCAAACUCCACCGUUUUACAACGUAUCAAGGCUUCUAUGAGUAAGAUUGGCAAGAUUGAGAUUAGGGUCUAUAAAACGAAGUACGGGAAAGUAGGCGGAGAUGUCAUGAAUAACAAGAAAGCCUUUCGGAACAAGCACAACAUAAAUGUUCCUGAAAGAGCAUUAAAGGGAGCUGAGGCAAAGAGUCAUGGUACUGCGUUGGGCGAGGCCCGAAAGACGAGCCGAGGAACUGUUCUCUCAAACGUCCAAAAACAUGAUGAACGACCAAUGGUCAUUUUUGUCUUUCUAUAUCGUUCCGAAGAGGCACUGAAAGCUAUGCGCAUCAUUGAACGUACGCCUAGUCCAUCUCGCUCCGGCUCACCGGAAAUCAUUGAUCAUGGCAGCAAUGGCUCGACAGCUACUCACGCAAGCUUGGCAAGACAGAUGGCUGAGAUAGAACAGAUGCGAAGGGAACUUGCGGAGAAGAUGGCGAGUUUACAGAGAUCAUCCACAAAUUCAGUAGGUGGUGGUGGUCAAUCGAGAAGUCGAAAAAGAAUCAAGAGAGAAGAUGAUGAUGAGACUGGAGGCAGUCGAGGAUUGGCCAAGCGACGUAGAGCUGAGAAAGGUAAAGGAAAGAUCACAGUGGACUUGACAAGCGAUAGCGAGGAUGAACGGGCGAAGUCUCCAAGGGUGUCCAGUGAUGACGAGGGACCAAGGUCCAAUGAAUUGAUGGAGGAUGAGGAUGAUGAUUUAUUUGUUCGGGAUAAUUGA